AUGCCUCACGAAGAUCUUGAUCGUAUACUGGCCGAUGAUCCCUACAACGAGCGACGUAUUUUCGUUUUGUCAUGCUUGCACGAUGCAAUCUACUAUCUUCGCCACGGACCGCACCGUCGUAACGAUGUGAUCGCCUCGUUACAGGAGGAAAUUGCUCCCGAAAUCGAUAUCUCUAUCUCAAGCGCUGUUUUGAAGCGUGAUACCCAGUUUGAGCGGUUGUGCCGUAACCUUGAGCUUGUCCUGCCUAUCUCGAUCAGGAUUCUCAGCCAGCGUAACGACCGGGAGACCGACCAAGACGUUGCCGAGGAACUCAUCAACUGCAUCCCUACCGCUUUGCAACAACCUACUCAAUGGGACCCGGAUGUCGAAGAGAGUUCUGAGGAGGAAGAAUUUGAGCGGCAAAAUAGGCGUCGUCGUCGUCGUCGUCAUCAUCGUCACAGAUAG